CCCACCCGCCUGUGGCAGGCUCCUGGUUGGUCGGACCUGGCUGUGGGAGCGCCUGGGAUGCUGUUAAUGGAGCAGCAUCCUGCAGAAACCUCAAGACCUAACUGGAGACCUCACUAGCCGGUCACCGACAGCCAGGACUUUUCGGGGCCAAGGAGAUGCAUGUGGGAAAGCUGGUCUGUUUGAUUGGAAGCAGGGUCCCGUAGGAGCCCGCCUCUGCAGGGCGGGGGAGGGGUUGGCUCCUCGGGAACUAGGGAAGGAAACUUGGGGCGAGCACGCGCUGCCAGCCCAGAGCCCGGGAGCGAGCGCCGGCCUGCAGUUAACUUUUCGCGGGUAAACCGCUCCUCUGCACCGCUCCAGGGUUCCCCUGCCAGGCGGACCGCGGGGCAGCCGGUGCCAGGCACUUUUUGAGGUUGCCCUGCAAACAGAGGCGCAUUUGGGGGUGGGGUGGACCGGGGGUGUGUGCAUCUUGUGUCGUUAUUUUAGUAUUAACUGGGAUUUCCCACCUUUAAGGAACAUCUCAUUGUAUUAAAGCCUAUGUUAUUUUUGGAUUGCAUAAUUAUGAACAAAUUAUGUUGGCUGAAAGUUAAAACGAGUCUUUGUCAUGCAAGAAAACAGUUUGUGAGUGGUUAGAUAGUCUGGGACUUCGGAGGCUUUUACAAUAGAAGGAUCCUUCACAUCUUCUUUUGACCUUCUAAGUCUAUACUGAUAAUAUUUGGGAGGUAGCGAAUGAAAUGUCUUGUUUACAUUUGAGGAGGGGGUCACCAUUUACUGACCGAAAAUUGCAUUGGCUAAUUGAAUUUCAUAUGCACACGGGAAAUGUUAGCAUGGUCCUGAUUAAUAAUAGUGUAUGUUUUAUUUAUAUUAAUUAUUAAUAAACUUUUAAAAGAGCCUCUCCUCCCCAUGUAGCCCAGGCUGUUCCUUCUAUCUCAGUCUUUCAAGUAAGUGUUGAGCUUACAAGUGCAUUCCCCAACUUCUUGCUCAUUAAUCUGAAAUUUUAAAUAAGUUUGAGAGCUGGGAGUUUUGACUCCAGAGGAGAGACCUUGCCUAGCAUGAGGGAGACCGUAGCUUCAAUAUCCAGUACAGAAAGAAAGCAUUGAACCUUCCGAGUACUCCUCUACCUCUCUUGAGCCGCAUGCUUAAGCCUGUAUUAUAAUAUAUGUAAUUUUUAAAAGCCAACAAUGCUUCAAAAAUAAGUUUUGAAUGAUUAUUUUCUUCCUCUCUUUUUCUUACUUGAACUCAGUAUGGUACCAGCACAGGAUGGUUUCUGUCAGGACAUUUUCUAAGUGAUAACCACUGCCUUUCAGUAACAGCUCAUUCUCAGAAACUUCAGUUCCCACUUAACCAACAGCUAUGAGAAGGGGAGAUUGUCAUUCCCUAAAAGCACAGCAGCAGCACAUCCUACUUCUUCGAAGACCGUUGCCUCCAAAGCUCCCUAAGUUGCCUUCAUGUCAGAAGAAAUAUCAUACAGCUACCACUAGUGAGACUGAGCAGCCCCCUGUAAAACUCCCUCAGGAUGAAAGCACUUUAGUAAAAAGCGAUGAAGGUGUUCCUCAAGCACAAAGACCUAUCAGUAUUCAGAGCCUCUGUCUGGAUCAUGAAUAUAAGGCGCUGGAAAGAGCGGUUAACAUUUUACCAUAUCCACGCAGCUGGAAGAUUCCACGGAGUGCUGUUGGUUCCAUGUUCAUUCCAAGUUGUCUGUCGGCAUCUUCUCGAGUUUUUAGGAAAAAAUUACGCAAAAUGAAAAGGGCCAAAAGGAAGUCCAAGAAAAAGGACAAAAGAGAAUCAUUUUUUGCGGAUAAAUCAUUUAACAACCUUUUAGUUCUUUCCACCCAGUUUACCAAGCCUGUACCCGAUUCUUACUCUAGGCUUAUAACUAGUAAAGCUAAGAGAACAAGUAUUGAUUCUCGCCCUGUACCAAAGACUCCAGACUAUACUCAAGAACUUCCUCUUCUGGGAGAUGUAACCGAAACACUGCUCAGCCCUAUACCCAGCGUUUCAUCUACAGUACCUGAACCACAGUGGUCUGAACGACCACCACACCGCACUGCAACGUUAAAAAAAGUGGUACUGAAAAUUACUGCCCUCCCGGCAUUCCACACGCUGCCGUCACCCGUGUUACCAAGAAGACCUCCAAGACAGAUUGCAAUAGCUUUCAUUGGAACCAUGAGAAAACUAGACACAGAUGCCUAUGUUUUACGAGGGGAAGGCUUUAAGACUAUCGCAGCAACACGCUAUGACACAAUAAUGGCGAUGACCACCCUGGCCAUAAUAAAUUGCCAGAUAUAUGGAAGAAACGCACUUAGUCUUAAGGGAUUCUUUCUUCUGUACUGUCCAGACUUAACACCUCUGACUUUUCAAUUGAUAUACCUUAAUUUAUCAUUUAAUGACCUCAGCAAAUUUCCUGUGGAAAUAUUUUGUCUUAAAAAUCUACAAGUACUGAAACUGAGAAAUAAUCCUAUCAGAGAAAUUCCUUCUGAAAUCCAACAAUUGAAAUUACUUAGGAUUUUCUCCAUUGCCUUUAAUCUUAUUAGAGAACUUCCUUUGGGGUUAUUUUGCCUGUAUUAUCUUGAGGAACUUGAUGUUUCCUACAAUGAAAUUCAUAAUAUUCCAAAUGAAAUCCGGAAACUCAGAUCACUUGAGAAGCUGAAUGUUGAUGGGAAUUACAUGACUUCUUUUCCACCUGGGAUUUUAAAGCUUAAGUUGACCAAACUCCAGUUUGAUAAUACAUUCACUAAUAGUAAUUUUUGGAUAGAUUAUUGCUGGAAUGACCCCCAACCACUAAGUCAAAUUUGUUCUUGGUUCAUUGUCAAAAAUAAUCUACAUAGAAUUCCUGGUUUCAUCCCAAAGAAAGUUCAAAAGUGUCUAAGAAGCACAUCCAGGUGUGAUUGGUGUCAUGGUCCCAAGUUUGGUGAAGGGUUUCGCAUCAUCCGGUCCUGUGAUAUGUUUGGAGCAACGCAGAUUCCUAUUAUGUUCUAUGUCUGCUGUUCUUCCUGCUAUGUGGAGAUCAGGGAAAGCAGUUUUAUUUUAGAAGGUUUUCCUUGUAGAAGAAUAGUUCUAAAUAUGGACUGGAUAAAAGAAGGGAGAGUUAGCGAUGUAUCAUUUUAUUUGUAAAGUCCACAAACAUUUAUGUAUAAGUAACUCAUCUCUUAGAGCACAGGUUCCGUGUGGAGACCUACAGGUCUUUCUCCACUGAGUUCCCUCUGUGAUCCUUCUCCUCAUGAAAGUCUGAUUGUUAGGAAUCAUUGCAGAAUUGUGACUCAAGGACUAGAAAAGGCCUUUGGAGUUCAGUGAGGAUCUUGAGAAUUUCCUGGAGAACAUGUUUACAGUAAGAAAAAAAAAUGUUCAAAACAUUUGCGAAAAGGGCUGUGUCUUACAUCUUGUCUUUUCACGAACCCAUAUUCAGUGAACAGGCUAGCAGCUCGAAGUCAUCACAGAGAACUCUGUCGCAUGAGGCUGCAAAGUUAUGUGUCCAGGUAUCCAAUGUUAGUUUGUGCAUUUCUGUGAAAACCUGUCCAAUGCCGACCAUCUCAAUUGGUUUUCUUUUGAGAAUAAAAGAUUAUUUCCAAAUCGA